UCCCCGAGUUGACCCAGAAAACAAACUCCUCCGACUGCCGAGACGCCGCAGAGUUUGAAUCCGCCGCAGGGCUGCAUGUAGCCGAAGCAUCAGCUGGAGAAACAAACCCCGUCACUGAUCCAAGUUCUCCGUACGGAUUUUUACAUUAUUGCAUCGGGGUGGCAUAGCAGCCAUGGCUGAACACAUGAUGAUGCCUAUGACCCACGGCUUCAGGAUGGGCAUGAAUGGACCUCCACAGCACAACGGCCAGUCUGGCCUGCGCAGUCUGCCCAACGGCCAGGUGAUGCACUAUGGCAGAAACCCUCAGAACAACAUGGAGGCUGCCAUGAGACAGCGACCGGGCAUGGUAGGACCCGGAGGGAUGACUGGCCCAGUGAACGGAGCUCCGAUGGCCAACCACCAUCACCAGAUGAUGUCUGGGAACAUGAUGUACAACGGCCAGGGUCCGCAGCAGCAGCACCACCACAUGCACCCCCAGCAGCAGCAUCAGCAGCAGCAGCAGGGCGGACACCCGCAGCAGUACCUCCCUGGUAACCUCACCUCUCAGCAGCUCAUGGCCAGCAUGCACCUGCAAAAACUCAACACUCAGUACCAUGGACACCCACUGGGCUCAGUCAAUGGCCACCAUCUGCCCAACGGUGCUCAGUACCGGGUGGGUCCAACCCAGAUAUCGGGCAUGCAGCACAUUGGUGGUCCUUUGGGGCUAAACGGCAUGGACAUGGAUCUGAUCGACGAGGAAGUUCUGACUUCACUUGUGUUGGAGUUUGGGUUGGAUCGCGUUCAGGAGCUGCCUGAACUCUUUCUGGGACAGAAUGAGUUUGACUUCAUAUCGGACUUUGUGUGCAAACAGCAGCCGAGCACGGUGAGCUGUUGAGCAAAGCGGCGCCCCAAAGAAUGACUGACCGGUCACAGUAGCACAGCAAGAGGAGACAAUCUCUCUUUUCUGUUUGGGUGUUUCUGUGUCUGUGUAUUUGACAGUGUCUAGUACGCCCUCACAUCGACCUGCCUGCGAAUUGAUAAAGAAUUUUACUGAGAGGAGAUGCAACAAAAGCACCAGGUUCCUGGUUCUCUUCCUUGAGCCGGUGCCAGUAUGAUCUGUCGUCUUUGACCAAAUUGAGGCAUCCUGAUGCAGCGGGCUCUGUCUGUACCCAUCUCGCCCUCAGCACAUGUGCCUGCUGUGCCAAGGCUUUGGGAUAAUUGUAAACUUAAACACAAAGAGGGAACGCCUGCAAAGAGUAUCCAUCUGGGUCUGUUAGAUUCUGUGGCAUCUCUAAAUGUAUUUUAUCUUUGAUGACACCUUCAAAUAGUAGCAGACAUUUUCCAGAUUUCUAAAAGGUAGUCCUCUGAAUUUGUUUAUACAAGAAUGAAGGGAUUAAGGAUGGAUUUUUUUUUUUCAAACACUUUGCAUGCAUAUUGAAGGCUGGCUCUUCAAAACUGAGUUCCUACAAAAUGUUACACAUUUCCCUGAAGAGCAGGAGAGUGAGGCUGUGCAGCAUUCCUGGGUGAUGUGACGGGGUUUAUCUUGGAUUGGUCGGGUGAAAUGUGCUACACUGAAUCUUUCUGUGUCAUUUACCUGACUCUGAUAAAAUCUGCAAUCAUUAAAUGUAUCGCAUCUGUUCCCUGCUAAUUAACUGUGAUUGAAUAACUGGCAAAGAAGCUCAUUGCUUAGAGUGUUGGCUUAGACAAAGCCUUUAUCUGUAGAAAAUGGCUUGAAGUCUCUGCUCCAAGUCAGACAUUUAGCUGCUCAUUGCAAGCAGAUCUUGGGUCAGUGAUCCAUAGUAUUGCAAGAAUGGUUAGGGAGGAAGAAACCUGGGUAUGAGAAACAACAUAACUGUGACCUGUUUCAUGACCCAAGAAAAGAAAAGCAAAAAUGCAGCCAUCAGACGGUGAAGAUGUUGCUCACAGAUUUUUCUCUGAAACAGGAUUGGUUGAAAAAAAAAAAAAAGAAUUUGCAUCUGUGUGUUAUUUGUGUGUGUGUUUGUGUGUGGUCAGUGCAGUGAGGCAUUUAAAACCCAUCGAAUGGUGUCCUCCUCCUUAAUCCAUCGCCCAGUGUGCUGAAGGUGGUUGGAGGCUGCGCGGGGAGAGAGAUUUUCAUGUGUGGACACAAUGUGUGGACACAGCACUCCCCUGCAGCACUUAGUUUAAUCAUUAGUUAAAGCUGCCGCUACCUGUGGCAUUGAUUUUUAUUCAGCAGGAGUGACCGAAGUGCACAAAGUGUGCAAAGUUGUUGUUUUUGCCAUAGAUUAGCUUACUCUGCUGCUUUUCUACUGAUUAGAUUUAAAUUACAUGUUCUCACACGCUUGUCUUAAUUGAGGUCGGCUUGCACAUUCUCCAACGUCUCAAUAAUUAUAAAACGGACAUGUUCUGUGGCGCUUUUUUCCCCCCGCAGUUGGUAAUUAGGUUUUUGUCAAGGUUGCUGCGUUGCUGCUGCAGGCUGGUUGAGAGAGAAUUUCCUUCACUCAUAAGGCUAUUUGUAGAGCUGUCGGAGAGGUCAGGGCUGCGCUGCUGCACUGUGUUAAUCUGUUCAAGUACGACUGCGCUGCUGUCCCUGUCUCUCUGGAGAUCUGCCAUCUCCUCGCUCUCGAGUCAAACAACGGGCAUUGAAACACUGUCGUAAAGGCAGAAAAGUGCAGAAGAGUUCCCGCUCUGUUUCACUUUCUGCCUGGUGAACUCCAGCCAGACAGACACACAACCUCAGUUAAAAUGGAAAUUUUUCUGGCCUUAGCGAGACGGUGGCCUCUGAUUACUGCUAUAUCAAUAAGCGCAGCCUUUUUUGUGUAUUGUAUCUUUGUACUGUAGACUAGAGGUGAAGUUGAUCUAGACACAUUUAAGGUACUUUGGAAAAACAUUGUCAGAUGUAAUUGUAAAUCAGUGGCUGAUUUUGAUGUGUUGACAAAAGAUUAUAUCCUACAUUUUUACAAGCAAGUGUGUAGAUACAGUAUGAGUGUUCCACUGGUCGUUGGGUACAGGGCCUGAAGCUUUAAGACCAAGUAGACUGCAUGUUAAAUCAAGCGUGAGGGAUGCCACCACUUUCCCACAAAGCAGCUGAGAAUGUACAGUACAACACAUUGUGGGAACUUGUCUUAAGAUGGUAGAUAAACAUGUGAGAUUGUACUCCUUGUUCCAAAAUUACACAUCAUUCAUUUGGGUAAACCCCCUGCCCCCCACCCCCACCCCUCUCCUGUCCCACUUCCCCAAAGCUUUUGUAAUGUUAUUGAUUCUAUUUUAAGAAAAUGUAUUUAUUUUCAAAUAAAAUAUUUAUUUAAAGAAACA